ACUAUAAAGAUGGCGGCAUUUUGUUAAAAUAAUUAGUAAAUGUAGUGGAAAUUUGAGCCUUUUAGCAGGUCUGAGAACAAGACGAGAAUAUGGAGAGAUAUGAAAAGAUUAGAGUCAUAGGUCAAGGAGCUUUUGGAAAGGUGUUUCUUUGCAAGAACCUUGGUAACAACAACCACGUGGUCAUAAAGCAGAUACCGGUCGAUGAGCUUCCUUCGGAGGAAAGGAAGUCGGCCAUGAAUGAAGUGAAUGUUCUCUCGAUGCUACAGCAUCCGAACAUUAUCGGGUAUUACGCGUCUUUUGUGGAGGAUAAGUCGCUAAUGAUAGCAAUGGAGUACGCACCAGGUGGUACACUCUAUGAGCUGAUACAGGAGAGGAAUGGGAAGCAUAUUGAAGAAGAGACCAUCCUACAGUUAUUCGUCCAGAUCCUUGUUGCCAUUGAACACGUCCAUUCAUUAAACAUACUCCAUCGUGACCUCAAGCCUCAGAACAUCAUGCUUAACAAGAAGAAAACUGUCGUAAAGAUCGGAGACUUUGGGAUCUCAAAAGUCCUAUCGAGCAAAAUAACUUCAGCCCAGACAGUUGUUGGUACUCCUUGCUAUAUAUCGCCCGAGAUCUGUGAGGGGCGUGUCUACAGGAAGAAGUCGGAUAUUUGGUCUCUUGGCUGCAUUCUUUAUGAGCUGUUAGCUUUAAGAAAAGCAUUCGAAGGACCAAAUUUCCCUGCUUUAGUCCUUAAGAUCAUGCAAGGAUCAAAUGCCCUCCAGCCAUUGAGUGAUAACUACACCUCCUCUCUCUGCACUCUCGUACACGCCAUGCUACAGCGCAACCCUGACGACCGACCCAACAUUGAGAAUAUAAUGGCCAACCCAGUCAUAGUCAACGCUCUUGUUAACUUGGGUACUGACGUGGGUAGACUCCCCUGUGUCACACCUGCUAAGUCAGCUGGGAAGAGACAUUUAUCACUUGAGACGAGACAUGGUCAGCCUGGGAAGUACAGACAAGUGUCCUUCUUUGUUGAUUCUUAUCUGCCAGCAGCUACUAAAGAAGUCCAGUCCAGUACGAGGCCCCUAGUCUACCUGUGGGGUGGUUCUCUAUCAGUUCCGAUGAUACUGCCCCAACCAGCAGAGAAAUCAGUGACUUCCCUUUCAGUGGGAAGGUCUCACCGUGCGGCCAUCACUGAUGAUGGGAAACUGCUCUUCUGGGAGUUGGCGUCAGGGUCACUAGGAGGUACUACUCAAUUCUCUCUCAGCUCAAGAGCUAGAGUGAAGGACCCCAUCAUAUUCCAGCCGCAGUUGGUUGAAGGGUUCUCCGCUAGUGUUGUCAUCAAAAAGGUUUCCUGUGGUGACCUCUUCACUGCUUGUUUAACAGAUAAAGGUAUACUCAUGACAUUUGGGAGUGGCAUAAACGGUUGCCUAGGACACGGUGACUAUGACGACGUGCCUAAGGCUAAACUGGUUCGGGCUAUGCUCCAGUAUGAGACCAUUGACGUGGCAUGUGGAGCUAAUCAUGUCGUUGCAGUAACAGCUGAUCAUACUGUUCAUAGUUGGGGUAGAAAUGAAAAUGGUCAGUUGGGUACUGGUGAUACUCUAGCGUGUAAUGAACCGAAACAAGUAUUACCAGUGGAAGGAGAAGAGGGAGGGGGAGAAGGAGGAGGAGGAGGGAAGGAGGUCAUUAGUUCAGUCACUUGUGGGUCAGAUUGUUCUAUCCUGUUGACUAGUAAUGGAGACAUACUUUGUACCGGAAGCAACAGGCACAAUAAGUUAUGUCUUGACCACACCUCUGUUGCCACCCCUACCCCUGCUACUCCGCCAGACUUCACCCAAACCUCUCGUAUUUUAUCAUCACUCUUUCAAGCAAUCAACACAAAAGAGUCGGCAUCAACCAGCCAAUCAGAUUCAAGAGCAAAGCCACGGAGUCUUUUGGCUACGAAAUCCUCGACUUUUGACCAAUCGGAUUGCCCGGAUCACAUGGAACGGGUCCUAAAUUUCACACGUUGCAAAGUUGAAAUUUUGGAGGGAGAAGUCACUGCAAUUGCAGCUGGAACCAACCACACAGCAUUCAUCAAUAAAAAGGGUCACUGUAUUACUAGUGGUUCCAACGCGUAUGGUCAGUUAGGCCAUUCCCAUUCAGUCCCUGCUGUAGUACCAAAGCUAGUAUCAGUCACUCGUAUUUCAUGCGGAGAUAAUUUCACUAUUGCUGCUAUUAAAGAUGGGAGGAUGUAUUCUUGGGGUUGUGGCAGACGUGGGCGGUUAGGCUACGAGAGUGAGCCGAUCAGGGCAGAGCCAACUUUAAUGACUUUUGAGAACACACAGACCGUCCAAUCAAUACAGUCCAGUCACAGCGUUACCAUGGCAAUGGUCACGCCUCUUGAGUAGCCGCAAUCAGCAUUGAAAAUUUUUAAACUUUAAAUUAAUAUUUUUUCAUCAAUCAUUUAAGAUAUUUAAUUAAUUUAAGAUAUUUUGUUCGGUUCAGUUAUUGGA